UGAAACUGGUGAUGAUGGGCAGCCCGAGAUUGAAGGAGAAACAUGAGGCUCGUGUUGUAGGCGCACUUUGUCGUUUCCCUGCGACAUUUGUGCGCGUGUAACACUCCCGUCGUCGGGAGACAGGACACGAGAAAUCACUGUUUCCUCCAUUUUGAAGCCGGGUGACGAGGCUACAUGUUGUGUGUUUCCUAUUCUGGAUGUGUGGGUGUCCAGAGAUGGAAAGCUACGAGGAGUUCUGUCUGCGGACUUUGGCCAUACUGCAGGAGGAGGGGAAAUUCAAGAAGACGACAUGUGAGCCACUGUGCACCCUGAAGGCUCUCUCUGUCAUCUGCUUCCAUGGGAGAGCAGUGCUCUCGCCUCUGUUGAGUGCAGAGCAGCGCAAUGAGAUGCGUGACCACAGAUGGAAGGCGGUCCAGCUGGAGGUGGUCAGGCAGAGGCAGCAGAGGAACAACCUUUUGGCGCGGGUUCAGGACAUACUGGACCAAGCUCAGGCAGAUAAAGUACCAAGUGAAGAUGUUGAAAAGCUGCCAGUUUCAAAACCAGCGAUUGUCAGUGGCUACACCCUGGUCACUGACUCUCCUGGACUUCCCAGAGACCCUGGAUUUGGGCUUCAGACAAGUGAUCAGCCUGCUCCUCCGUGCUCUGAGACCCCUAUCCUCAAUGGCUUCAAGGCAGUAGAAGAAGAGAUGGUGGAAGGGGAAGGGAAGAGUGAGGAGGAAGAGGAGGAGGAGGAUGACAUGAGUUUGGACAGCCUCCUUAAAAGAUCAAGAGAAUAUGUGAAGAGAGAGCAGAGUCAGCAGGGGUCAAAAGUUGUCCAGACAGUCACCAGGACUUCCCCGCCAGAGACCGUCUCUGACAAGGACAACAAGAGCUGCAGUUCCAUGGGGGACACGGGCGUUGAGUUUGGAUUCAGUCUGCACCAUAGCCCUGUUGGCCCCCCUCAGACCCAAAUUCAGCAUCAGACUCUGUACAAUCCCAGUCCCCAGCAGUCUGGCUGCCUCUCACCCAGUCUACCUGACCGGUUUGCUCGUCUCCCCAGUCCAGAGUCUAGCAUCAGUCCCCGUGCACAGAGGCGCAGACCACGCCCAGUUUCUACAGGGAACAUCCACAUUUCGUUUCCCAUUGGCCCAGCAGAUCUUAUCCCUCGAAGCCCAGGAAGGUCAGGGGAAGGUGCUGGCAUGGCAGAUCUGGGAGAAGCUCUCUCAGGGGUCUUGAAGUCCCCCGAUCCUUGGGGCUCUGUGGGGAGUGAAAGUGGUGGUGGUGUUAGCACAAGUGGCAGUCGUCGAUCCAGCCACUGUGGCACCAGUCCAGUGCAGGAGAGCUGUAGUCCUGUUAGCACCUCAGGGCACGGGAAGGGACACCAUGACCAUCUGGCUGCAGGAUUUCGCCGGCGCUGCCACACCUUGGACAGCCAGCUGCAUAGCUACCACUCUGGAGUUGAGCACAUAGACCGCAGCCAGGAACGGGUUCCUCGCUUCAUGGCAGGAGUUACAUGCGUGGCUCCAAGUUGGCGCACCCCUGCAGCCCCCUUAAACCAGUCGUAUGAGGUAGAUAAUCCCUCAACAUCUCUGCUGAGGCCCCUCAUGACUCCUGACCUGGCCCAGGUCACACUCAGGAUGGAGCCUGAUGAGCCUCAGGGGACAAACAAUGUAAGGAUCACACCAACUGUCCUCAGAAAUGCAGCUGAGGCACAGGCCAGCAAGACAGCAGAGGAGACCCAGAGGCGAGCACAGGCACUGGAGGACAUGCAAAGACGUCUGGAGGAGGAGCACGCCUUGCAGAUGUCUCUGCUCCUGGCUGAGCAGGAGAAAGAGCAACAGCGCCUCCGUCUGGAGCUGGAGGAGACAGAGAGAAGACUGAAGGAGCAGGGCUGUGUGCGGCCUUUGAGUGGGGAUGCUUGUGGGUGGAACUGUAUGUCUGUGAGUGACAGCCGUCCUGUUGUGAGCCCGUCCUGCCCGGGACUAAGCCCUGCUCACACACCAUCUGAGCGAUCACCUGGACACAAUAUAGGUUUUCCCAGUCCAGUCUCUUCCAGCGUAUCAUCUCCCUCUGUCCAGCCUCCCGUCUUUCUGUGGGGGCCCACAUGGGCAGUUAGCAAACCCCGAGCGAGGCUAAGUCUGGUUCUGACAGCAGAGCAACAGAGAGCAUUCUGUCGAAUUGGCGCCAUCAUUCGCGGCUUCCUCACUCGCAGACUGCUGAAAACAGAGAAGGUCAAACACCUGCGGCAGACGGUCACGGAUACGCAGGAGUUCAUCCGUUCAUUCCAGACUGAGGCUCCACAGAAGAGAGGCUCCUGCUCAGCACAAGAUCGAUCCCUGCAGGAGAGAGUUAAAGCUCAGUUACGUGCAGCCCUUUACGACAUCCAUGACAUCUUCUUUGAAAUGCCUCUGAGGGAUCGAUUAGCACUGCUGCAGCAGGACAGGGAGCUCCGAGCAGAGAGGAAGCUACGAGACAUGGAGAAAGCCAAGCACCCAAAGGAGAGGGUGGUUCUGUCUGCUGCCACACAGAGGUCUCUGGACAGGAAAAAGAGGGUUGGUGAAUCCCCAGCACAGGCUAGAAAGAUGCUGCAGAAGCCAAAGAGCCCCACCACCAACAGAGUCCUGAAGCCAAGCCAAGGCCAAAAUUCUCCUGUCCAAGGCCAGCUCAACCGCCAGGGGUGAGUUUUGUUCCACCAUAAUCGCUAAGUGCCUUAACUUCUUAACAUAUAUCACAUAAACUGUCAUUUAUUUGGACAGG